CUUCCUGGGCUCGGCGGGUGCGGGAAAAAGGGUGAAAGAGAAACUUGGCGACCUCCCGGAGGAGUUCGCGAAGCGACCAGGAGCGUGUGCCCAUCGUCCUCACCCGGCACCCAAUUCCACCACACAGUCGGGAUCUCGUCGGUGAUCGUGAUGGGGUGCUUUUAUUUAUUUUUCUCUUUGAUUUUCAAAAAAUGUCUAUGUGACUGUCCCUAUCUUAAGGGGAAGUUGAAAGUGGGGGCGGGGGUGCUCAAUGAGAAACGUUGCCUUGUGUGUAGUUGUUUGGAGCACACUGCAAAUUAUAUUGGCAUCUCUUUCCAAAAGUCACUUUGAUUCAACUUCGAUAGCUUUCUCGUAAAUGGCACGUUUAGGUAGUGAGAGGUGGAUGAGGAAACAGGCACCAGUGCAGCUGAUUUGACCUCCAGUGGGAUAGAUAGGAUUAGCACCAGGAUCGUGUCUCAGUUUGAACCCAGAUCUGAACAGAAUUAAGACGAACGAGCUUUCACAAUUGCAGCAGAUGAAGAUCCAUUGGUAAAUUGAUCAGGAUUUUUGGCCUACCCUCCAAAGAAAAGGAGCGGAAAGAAUGUCGGAGCGGGCCGCGGAUGACGUCAGGGGGGAGCCGCGCCGCGCGGCGGCGGCGGCGGGCGGAGCAGCGGUCGCGGCCGCCCGGCAGCAGCAGCAGCAGCAGCCUCCGCAGCCCCAGCGGCAGCAGCAGCCGCCGCCACGGCGCACACGGCCGGAGGACGGCGGGCCCGGCGCCGCCUCCACCUCGGCCGCCGCAAUGGCGACGGUCGGGGAGCGCAGGCCUCUGCCCAGUCCUGAAGUGAUGCUGGGACAGUCGUGGAAUCUGUGGGUUGAGGCUUCCAAACUUCCUGGGAAGGACGGGACAGAAUUGGACGAAAGUUUCAAGGAGUUUGGGAAAAACCGCGAAGUCAUGGGGCUCUGUCGGGAAGACAUGCCGAUAUUUGGUUUCUGUCCAGCCCAUGAUGAUUUCUACUUGGUGGUGUGUAACGACUGUAAUCAGGUUGUCAAACCGCAGGCAUUUCAAUCACAUUAUGAAAGAAGACAUAGCUCAUCCAGCAAGCCGCCUUUGGCCGUUCCUCCGACUUCAGUAUUUUCCUUCUUCCCUUCUCUGUCCAAAAGCAAAGGAGGCAGUGCAAGUGGAAGCAACCGUUCUUCCAGUGGAGGUGUUCUUAGCGCAUCCUCAUCAAGUUCCAAGUUGUUGAAAUCACCCAAAGAGAAACUGCAGCUCAGGGGGAACACCAGGCCAAUGCAUCCCAUUCAGCAAAGUAGAGUUCCCCAUGGUAGAAUCAUGACACCCUCUGUGAAAGUGGAAAAGAUUCAUCCGAAAAUGGAUGGCACACUACUGAAAUCUGCGGUGGGGCCAACCUGUCCUGCUACUGUGAGUUCCUUAGUCAAGCCUGGCCUUAACUGCCCCUCAAUACCAAAGCCAACCUUGCCUUCACCUGGACAGAUUCUGAAUGGCAAAGGGCUUCCUGCACCGCCCACUCUGGAAAAGAAACCUGAAGACAAUUCCAAUAAUAGGAAAUUUUUAAAUAAAAGAUUAUCAGAAAGAGAGUUUGAUCCUGACAUCCACUGUGGGGUUAUUGAUCUCGACACCAAGAAGCCCUGCACCCGGUCUUUGACAUGCAAGACACAUUCCUUAACCCAGCGCAGGGCUGUCCAGGGUAGAAGAAAACGAUUUGAUGUGUUAUUAGCCGAGCACAAAAACAAAACCAGGGAAAAGGAAUUGAUUCGCCAUCCGGACUCUCAGCAACCACCGCAGCCUCUCAGGGACCCGCAUCCCGCCCCUCCUAGAACGUCACAGGAGCCGCACCAAAACCCUCACGGAGUGAUUCCUUCCGAAUCAAAGCCUUUUGUAGCUAGUAAACCUAAACCUCACACCCCCAGUCUUCCAAGGCCUCCAGGCUGCCCUGCUCAGCAAGGUGGGAGUGCCCCCAUUGACCCUCCUCCAGUCCAUGAAUCUCCACACCCUCCCCUGCCUGCCACUGAGCCAGCUUCUCGGUUAUCCAGUGAGGAGGGCGAAGGCGAUGACAAAGAAGAGUCUGUUGAAAAACUGGACUGUAAUUAUUCAGGUCAUCAUCCUCAGCCAGCAUCUUUUUGCACAUUUGGGAGCCGGCAGAUUGGAAGAGGCUAUUACGUGUUUGACUCCAGGUGGAAUCGACUUCGCUGCGCCCUCAACCUCAUGGUGGAGAAGCAUCUGAAUGCACAGCUAUGGAAGAAAAUCCCACCAGUGCCCAGUACCACCUCACCCAUCUCCACACGUAUUCCUCACCGGACAAACUCUGUGCCGACAUCACAAUGUGGAGUCAGCUAUCUGGCAGCAGCCACCGUCUCUACAUCCCCAGUCCUGCUCUCAUCUACCUGCAUCUCCCCAAAUAGCAAAUCGGUACCAGCUCAUGGAACCACACUAAAUGCACAGCCUGCUGCUUCAGGGGUGAUGGAUCCUGUGUGCAGUAUGCAGUCCAGACAAGUGUCCUCUUCAUCCUCAUCCCCUUCCACGCCCUCUGGCCUUUCCUCGGUUCCUUCCUCCCCCAUGUCCAGGAAACCUCAGAAAUUGAAAUCCAGCAAAUCUUUGAGGCCCAAGGAGUCUUCUGGUAACAGCACUAACUGUCAAAAUGCCAGUAGCAGUACCAGUGGCGGCUCAGGAAAGAAACGCAAAAACAGUUCCCCACUGUUGGUUCACUCUUCCUCCUCCUCUUCCUCCUCCUCCUCUUCUUCUCAUUCCAUGGAGUCUUUUAGGAAAAACUGUGUGGCUCACUCUGGGCCUCCCUACCCCUCAACGGUAACAUCUUCCCAUAGCAUCGGCCUCAACUGUGUGACGAAUAAAGCAAAUGCGGUGAACGCUCGGCAUGACCAGUCAGGGAGGGGCCCCCCCACCGGGAGCCCUGCUGAAUCCAUCAAGAGGAUGAGUGUGAUGGUGAACAGCAGUGAUUCUACUCUUUCUCUUGGGCCAUUCAUUCACCAGUCCAAUGAACUGCCUGUCAACUCCCACGGCAGUUUUUCCCACUCACACACUCCUCUAGACAAACUCAUAGGAAAGAAAAGAAAGUGCUCACCCAGCUCGAGCAGCAUCAACAACAGCAGCAGCAAACCCACAAAGGUUGCCAAAGUGCCAGCCAUGAACAACGUCCACAUGAAACACACAGGCACCAUCCCAGGGGCACAAGGACUGAUGAACAAUUCCCUCCUUCAUCAGCCAAAGGCACGUCCCUGACAGCUGAAAAUAGCACGGGGAGGAAUAAUGCGGACACUUUUGAGGACAAGUUACACCUCCACUCAGCACUCUGGACUCCACGAUGCCUUUGAGUCUGUUUUCCCAACCUCCUGUGGGCCUCAAGGGUAGAAACCUGCCGGGCUGUUGUUUUAACGAGGAUUUCCCUGAAGCUAUGUCUCUAGCAGUGAGUACUCAUAAAGGACACUGGAUCAAGUUCAGCCACCGAAUUGCUUUUAUCAGUGUUAAAGUGGUCUGAACUGCUUGCUACCAAUCUGUGAGAAGUUUUUGUUUUUGUUUUGUUUUUUAACUUGCAGUAUAUCACAGAGCCACUCUUCAAGUAGAUUGGCUGGGCAAAAGAAUGUUUUGGCAAGAGCGUUACUGUAGACCUUUCUCCCUCCUUCCUUUUACUACCAUUUUUUUUAACACUGUCAUCUGUAGGUCACUCUCCAGCACUUAGGCACCUUAACUGGAGACCAGAAACCUUCCAGAGAACAGAGGGCUGCAUCCCGAGCAACCCUCUGAAGAAGGGAAUUAGGCUUUAGAUUUUGAUAGCAAUGUUCCAGGAAUGAAAUAUAGAUGUUAGCCCAAGGCACCAUGACAAAAUAGCCCAGCCUUUUGAGAGUAAUUUGGGAAAAGAAGCUGUCAGAAGUUUCUAACUUACAAACUGGUUUGAAAUUUUUGAUGCCCAGACAGCAAGUGUAAAUCAUUUUGGAGGCUUUUCAUGAUACAAAAGCAAUUCUGUGUGAUUUUUUUUUUAAGAAGAAAGAAAAUGCAAGCUAGUUUUGAGAAAGGAAGGCCAAAUUGGGUCAGGGGAGGGUGGGAGUGAGGAAGUUAAAAUCACUAUAGGGAGAAAAAACUUUUUUCAAGAUUUCCAAAGAGAUGAAGUUUUCUUAAUCCUUUAAGUUUUCAUAGUAAACAGUAUGGCAGAUUGGGUUGGUUGUCCUACCUGGUCUAUUUUUAAAAGUCACCUUUUAAAGUGACAUUAUUAGAUACACUUAAAUGUUUCCAAGGCACUCUCUGCAUUACCCUUGUUUUUCUCUUUGGAUACUGUCCUGGGACUAAGUGUAGAUUUCUGCUUCAAGCACUUCUGGCAUUGUGUGUUUUUGUAUGCACUCCCCUUCAUGCCACUUCAGAUGUUUAUUUGGAUGUGGUUGGGGACGAGAGCAGACACCAAGGAAAGGGAGUUGGAGAGAAUGUAAGUCCUGACCUGAAGGUCUUUUGUGAUGCGUGUAUAGGAUUGCCCUGACACACACCCUCCUUUCUUGGGAUUAUACCAGCCAUCUUCCUGAGAGUUUUGGAGCCCUCUAGGAUAUUUUUUCUAGUACCCCACCCCCCACCCUUAAAUACCUUAAUAUGUUAAAACAGCAUUGCCUGGAGAAGGUGUCAUUGAAUUCCGGGACGAGCCGGAGCCUUUAAAUGGGUGCUUCCACCACUACAGGCUCCUGACAUGAGUAACAGGCACUGUUGCUUAGAAGAAUACACGAAGUUGCCGAACACAGGGUAAAAUUUCCAAGGCGCUGAUUGUUGCCCUGGCCAGGGCCUGAUGAGAGCCAGUCAGUACAUUCUUUUUUUCCUACAGUUCUUGGGUUUCAAACUUCAGUUUCAGGGAAUUUCAAGUCAACAACAGGUAGAAUGAAUAAACUUGGUUACCAGCCUAAUAAUGUGAAUUGCUACAGAAUUAUUCUUAUUAUGUAAGAAAACAAAAACUUUAUGCAGAUACUUUAGCUAUAAAUUGAUGUAAAAUACUGAUUUUUUUAAAGGAAGGAGAGAACAGUAUCUUGUUCAAUUAUUAUGCAAUCAAUCAGUAAAUGUUUUUAAAAUGAUACUACAGGAGAGCUUAGUGAGGAGAGGGCAUGGAUGGGCCAGUUUGGCAUAGUUGGGAGAAAUCAGUCUGGUUUCCAUCCCAGUCGGGGAAGAGAGAGGUGAGAGGGAAUCAGAACGUACCUAGUUGAUUCCUUGGUGACAAGUGCAAUGGGGUAUGGGUAGAAUUUAUUUUCAGAGCCAAGAGGACUUGAUGGUUAUAAAUAAAGUUGCCUUUAGCAAUGGAAUUUACAGAUCAAUCAUGUUGUUCCGAAAGAUGUGAAUAGGAUCCACAAUAACAAGUUGAUUCAGACUAAUGUAGAUAUUUAGAUUAGCAAGUAUUGAACAUUUGAUUUCUUAGACUGAGGUUUUAACUGAAUUUCAUUAUUUCUCCCGGUAAUACACAGAGCAUCGGGAUUAGGAAAUUAGCCAUUUUGGAUUCUGCCUGCCACAAACAGACCUAUUCUAAACAGUGCUAUUAAAUUUUAGACUGUUGUUCAAAUAUUUUAUUUUCUCCUACAACUACUUUUUAUGAUGAUGAAUAAUUAAGACCAUUUAAAACAUGGGAGUACAAGUAUUUUUUGAAUUAAAUUAACUUGCAAAAACCAAAUUUGCAGUGGUUGGGUUGUUUCUAGACAGACUUUGGUAUCAAUUUAAAACCAAGAUAAUUUUUAUAUUCUUUCCAAUAGAAUUUCAUGACAACUCCUGCAGUUUUCUUAACCUACAAAAAAAAAAAAAAAAAAAGUGCUGCAAUGAUGAACAAAGAAUUAUACAAAACCUACUUUUGUAUCUUUAUUUUGGAAUUUCUUGUUCUAUUAUAAAUAUGGAAGUAUCCCUAUUUCAGAAGACAUAUUUUGUUAAAAAUGAAUUGUACAUAUUUAAAUAUGUAUUUUUGCACAGGUCUUUUUUUCUGAUAUCCUGUUUUGGUACAAUUGAGAUCAUCUAGUAUUUAUUUAUUAAUUAAUAAAAGUAAAUACCUUUUUAUAAUUUGAAGUGGUUCACUGCCAAGCCAAUAGUUCUAGAACCUGCCUCCUUUACAGUUUUAAGGGAUGCCUCUGUUCUGUGAAAAGUCUUUGUCCCUUUUAGUGUCUCGGGAGUGGAUUCAUACAGAUGAAGUGGGCAUUGCUUCUUCCUGGUUGCCUGGUUUCCCGAUAGACUACAUGUAACUAAGUGACACACUGCUUUUCUUUUGUUAGUAUUUUAUGUGUGGGAGUAUGUGAUUGCGUGUGUGUGUGCCUGUGCGUGUGUGUAUACUCUGAGCACAUGUAUGUUAGUAUGUGAUGUGGUUUAAAACUAAUGGAAAAAACUGAAAGUGCCUGAAACUAGUUUUAAGCUUAGACAGAAUCUCUUUAAAAAGACUUGAAUGUUCAGUUGAACUUUUGGAGUUUGCUUUUUCCACCUAAAUAUUGUUUCUAAAAUUUUAGGGGAGGAGUUGAAAACCACCAAUGCUGGUAAUUUUAUAAGGUAUUUUAAAAUUAAGACCUCUUGGUUCAUAGUAAUUCAAUUGGUGAUGGAUUGCCUGGUGGCACCAAGGGUUACAGAUCUUUUUGUCAGCCAGCAACUUACACGAUGUGUCCGUUUUGUUAUUCACUCAUGAAAUACAAUUUAAAAUAUUUAAAAUAUUUUGUAUUCCAAAAAUAUAAUACAAAGAAGUACCUCUGAGAACAUUGAAAAAAAUGUAUAAUUUGAAAAAUGUAACUUAUAAAGGCAGCUGUCUUCCUGCAAGAGUUCUGUUGCCAAGGAAUUUCUUAAUGUCGCUCAUUCUGUCCAGGGGGUUUGGGGCGAUUGGGCUUUGAAAAAAUAUUCUUAAAAGUUUGUUUAGCAGAUAAUAAUCACUUUUACAUUUUGUGCAAAACAUUUUACAUUUUCAGAUACUUUAAAUGAGCACUACUUACUGUCAGUGUGAAUGUAGGGCCUUGAAAGCAUUUUGCUUUUUUUUUUUUUUUUUUUUUGAGCUUGGUUAUAAAAGCAAUCUCCUGUGUUAAAAACGUGUGAAUAGUUUGAUAAUUUGUACACAUAAUCAAGAGCAUCUCAGCUGGACUUUGUGUUGGCUGCUGUAUAGAACAUGAACAAAUGUCAAGGGAUAGAAAAUUACUUUGGAUAUUUAAAAGAGAAGAAAUAUAUAGUCUAUUUGUUUUGUAACAAGUUUCUGUAAAUAAAAUAAUUUAUACUAUUUAUAAGAAAAGGUUGUGCUUUGCUUUAUAAGAAAUUAGCUUGUGGAACAAACAUGUUACUAAACGGGCAAUAAAAUUAGGACUUCUCAAUAAAUAAGGUUGGCUGCAUGAAAUAUU